UAGACACUGGUACGCGCCUGGGCAGUGACUGGAGUUGAAGUGGAACAACGCGGGGAGGAUUGAGCUUACAGACGCUACCGAGAGGAGUUCCACAUUAGACUAGCAAGAUCGGCGCUGCGAGGAAACCGGUUCACACAGUGCACGAACAUCAAAGUGCAUAUCGCCAAGUGUUUCGUUGAGUUCUUCAGUGAGAUCAUUUUGCAUUCCUGUGUGUACUCCGCUAACAUAUUUAGCUAUCUAGAUUACUUUUGUUGCACACAGCUUAUGAAAAUUGAUCGAAGAAUCGAAGUUGUUCCAACUUGUGUGUAGGCUGUAGUUGCUGCGAUUGGAGUGUCAGUGUUCUGCAGAAAUGUCGCAGAAAGAGAGACCCACUUUUUACCGACAGGAGCUGAACAAGACUAUAUGGGAGGUCCCAGAACGAUACCAGAGCUUGUCUCCCGUUGGGUCUGGUGCUUACGGAUCGGUAUGCUCGUCGUAUGACAUGAAGACGUGCCUGAAGAUCGCGGUGAAGAAGCUCUCGCGCCCGUUCCAGUCCAUCAUCCACGCCAAGCGCACGUACCGCGAGCUGCGUCUGCUCAAACACAUGAAGCACGAGAACGUGAUUGGGCUACUGGACGUCUUCACACCUGCCACCAGUCUGGAGGAGUUCAACGACGUGUACCUCGUCACUCACCUGAUGGGCGCGGACCUGAACAACAUCGUCAAGUGCCAGAAGCUCACAGACGACCACGUUCAGUUCCUCAUCUACCAGAUCCUGCGGGGGUUAAAGUACAUCCACUCCGCCGACAUCAUCCACAGAGACCUGAAGCCCAGCAACCUGGCUGUGAACGAGGACUGUGAACUGAAGAUCCUGGACUUUGGGCUGGCCCGGCACACUGACGAUGAGAUGACAGGCUACGUAGCGACCCGGUGGUACCGCGCUCCUGAGAUCAUGUUGAACUGGAUGCACUACAACAUGACAGUGGACAUCUGGUCUGUGGGCUGCAUCAUGGCUGAGCUCCUCACCGGGCGGACGCUGUUCCCUGGGACCGACCAUAUAAACCAGCUUCAGCAGAUAAUGCGCCUCACAGGAACACCCCCCGCCUCGCUAAUAAGCAGGAUGCCAAGCCACGAGGCGAGGAAUUACAUCAACUCACUGCCACAAAUGCCCAAGAGGAACUUUGCUGACGUCUUCAUUGGAGCGAACCCAUUGGCGGUGGACCUACUGGAGAAGAUGCUGGUUCUGGACACGGACAAGCGGAUAACGGCUGCUCAGGCGCUGGCCCACCCGUACUUCGCCCAGUACCACGACCCGGAAGACGAGCCCGAGGCUGAGCCCUACGACCAGAGCUUCGAGAGCCGCGAGCUGGAGAUCGAGGAGUGGAAACGGCUGACCUACGAGGAGGUGGUGAGCUUCGAGCCGCCGGUGUACGACGGAGAUGAGAUGGAGUCCUGAGAGGCGCAACCCGAAGCCGCUUCACCCCUCGUUCUUACCCCCCCCCGACACACUGUGAGGAUGCGCGUCUCACUGGACCUCCUGGACAAACAAAAACAAACUGUCAUUCAAGUGCCUGCCAUCGUUUAAGGCUGGUUCCUCUGUGGGUUCAAAGGGCAAAGGUGACACUCAUAAUCCCUCCCCCCCCUCCCCCCACUUGAGAAUGAUGCUGUAGGUUACACGCUUUGCCAGUGUCACAUUUUAAAUUAAAGCUAUAUUGUAUUAGUUUGCACCUUUUUACCGAGAUUCUUAAAUUUCCGCUUUGUUGUUCUUGUACUUCUAGUGGGAAGAGCAAAGAUGAGUAAACAGACAAAACCAAUCACUCAUUUUCUGAUAUAGAGGUUCAAAAGGCUAGGCAUUGGCUGAUUGUUUCCAUAUUUGAAUGUAUUUGACGUAAUCAUCAAAUUACAUAUUUCCAUUAUUAUUUUGUCUUGGGCAUACAUUUACAUUGAAGCACUUUGGGCGGACCGAUGUUAUCACUGCUUGGAUGUCUGAACCCUAGAAAUGAGGUUUGUAAAGGUUACGGAGAUGUAACGGUGUUUCAUGUGCACCAAUGCUGCCAAGGAGAUUUGCGUAUUACAAGGACCGAAGAUUUGACCUUCCCAUUCGGUCCUCCGAUUGUGCCGACUUUGAGCGACACUGAGAGACUGGCGGACACGACACCUUAUCCUGCACUUCCUCACCGUUGCCAUCAUAAAAAUGUGAUCUUAAAUUUGAAUUUGGACACACUCGUGGGGAAAAAUAAUUGUGGGUUUUAUGUGAAGAAUGUUUCAUGGGGCCUUGUUCGGCCCCCACAUCAAUCAGAGGGGUGGGGGGUGCAGGGAGAAGUGGGAUGUUUUAUUGCUGUAGUUCUUUUAGAAAUUAGGUACCAAAACCGUGACAAUUCGCUGCGUGGCUGGCCCCGAGAUGCGCGAUUGACCCAGGUACUUGACAUGCCUGCCGAAUGCCUGUAAACGUGGACCAGAGAUGAUUCCCGGCCUGAGGGAGACAGAAAGACAAGACCGCCUUUUAUUAUCGCAAGUUUUUUUUUUUUUUUUGGUCACUGUCGCUUUCAACAGUUUGCUAUUGAAAUAUUAUUAUCCAGAUUGCCUCUGUCCUUUAUUUAUUAUCUUGGAUCUUUCAUGCGCUGUGAGCUUGUUUUUCUAUUUUAGAAUAUUCUACUCUGUUCCAGACCGUCUCCUUUCCUUAUAAGUUGCAACGUAGUCGGCCUUAACGUUUUCCCCACCGCCUGCCUGCCUUUGUCGGAGGGCUGAGGGGAAGCAUCUCGCUCCAGGUGUUCAGUGGAGCUUCCGCCUUCCUGCGGACAACCGAUUCGCCACUCGCGGGAGUGGGGGUCCUCUGGUCUCCUCCCCUUGUGAAGUUCCUGUCUGGGUGCUGGGACUCAAAGCGGGUUAAAUAAUGUGAUUUUUAUAUUUGGUUAGUUAAGAUGACAAGGUAAUCUUGCUUAAAAUCUUGUGACUGAGUCAAACUGAAUCCCAAUGAUGAGUUAUUCUUUGGCUCUCUCCACUAUAGAAAGACUAAAAAGGAAAAAAGAUGCAAGUUUUUUUUUUAUGUUGCGUCGUUCAUCCACAGCACACCUAUUUGACUUGGGCUCAUUGCUACUACAACAACUGGGAUUGGGUGGGUUAGGACACCUCUGACAUCUAAAGUAUAAGGUUGACAUAACAGGAGACUGAUCAGAUAAUCAGUCAUAUUUUUUUUUUUUUCUGGUGAAACUCCCCAUUUAAAAGGGAGCCAAACUGUGUGCCGCAGACUUUUGUUAAUGUGUUCCUGUUCAGCUCUGGGUGGGUUUUUAUGUCCUGUUAAAAUGUGGAUGUGGGAUUAUCCCACACCUGGCCACAGCUCCACCUGAAUCUGAGCCACUUCUUCCCUGUGCUGAACGAGCCUUCCGGAUGCUUCUUCCUCAUGCUCAACGUGGCGCUCAAACCAGCAAAAAAAAGAAAAAGAAACCCUUUCUAAAUGUCAUAAUAUUGAUUUCAGGAUGUAUAUAACCAUAUCAGUUACAUCUUUUUUAUUUUAUCUUCAUGACUGUGUUUUUCGUGAUAUAGUAUUACUUUAUUCCAAAAAGCAAUAUCUAUAUCGAGCAUGUUCUUCGCUGUGCGUGCGUGCCUGUGUGAAUGAAUGCGUGUUUUUAGGAGUUUGAAGGGCCAUGUUGAAAUCAUGUAUUGUAAUAUCUUAAGAAACGUAAAGAUGAAAUUAGAUUGAGAUAUUUAUAACCUGACGAAGCAAAUGAUGUCUAGAGUGUAGUUUUUUUUUGUUUUUUUUUCCUGAGCAGAGUACGCUUCCAUUAUUUGUAUGGAAAGACAGUCUUCAUUAUUUUGUGUAAAUUCAUCAUAUUGGAAUGUGAAGAGUUAACCAGUAAGUACCACUGUUUAAAAAAAAAUAAAGGCAAUUAUUUUUGAAA